GCGUGUUAUUGCCGACGACGGUCAAAAGAAGCUCGAUGCCAUACUUCGAAUUAUUUCAAAUCCGCUAUUGACAUUUUGUUUUCUUCAAUACCUCGAGAAGAGUGAUAUCGUGAGACUCGAUUAUAUCUGCUUAUUCACCCGACUAUCUCUAGGUGCGCCAUGAGUACCGAGUCUCGGCCUACCGAGGCCGUAAAUGGACACAAGACGCAAAAGUCGGAUCCAACGAAAGAGGAAGCAUCACGACCACCAUGGGACGAAGCCAAAUCAACUUUUGUCCAACCUCCUGAGCCUGGCUGGACCUUCGGCUCUGGUGCCAACCACACGCACGCACCAGCUUCGGCCGCUGCGACGGCUGCUAAGCAUGUCGCCAUCGACCCUUUUGCUCCAGACCGUAAAGCAUUGGACAAUUACAGACUGCUCGUGAGCGGAGUCGUUCCACGGCCCAUUGCACUCAUUUCAACGCGGUCUCCCGAUGGCACAGUCGAGAACUUGGCGCCGAUGAGCUUCUUCCAGAUGGUGAACAUAGACCCACCUAUCUUGGCAGUCGGAUUAACGAGCUCAUUGAAAGAAGCCAAAGAUACAUUGCUCAACCUCAUCCAGGCGAGGGAGUGCGUCAUAAAUGUCGUUAGCGAAGGAUUCAUCGAGGCUGUGAAUGCCACAAGCAUUAAUGCCCCCUACGGAGUUUCUGAGUGGGAUAUAGCUGGCUUGACGCCUGUGCGUGAUUGCCAAACUGUGUCGUGCGCACGCGUCAAGGAAUCAAUCUUUAGUAUCGAGGCUCAUCUUGAAAGUGUUCGAGAGUUUACUAGUCGCAGCAACCCUGGAAAGAAAUCGGGAUGCCUUGUUUUACUUGAGGUUACGUAUUUUUGGGCGAGAGAAGACGCUCUCAAUGAGGAUAAGAAUCAUCUGGACCUUGCGGUACUACGUCCGAUGAGUAGACUAGGAGGUAAUAUGUACGGCAGAACUACACAAGUUAUCGAACUGAAGCGCCCGGACUUUGAAAAAGAUUUGAAUGGGUUUGAAGGCUUGGAAAAGCUAAAGGAUGCCAAAGAAAAGCAAUAAUAAAGGCUGCAAGGCUUCAAUAGAGUUACUUUCGCGAUAUAUGAGAAUAGAAAGUAAGCUGAGCGUCUGUGCAACAACUCUGCAUGCAACACGAUUGCCAUGCGCAUCAAUGUAGCGAAGAUUAGCUUACAAGUAGCGUCAAAUAAGCUGACAUUACUUUUCAGCCCAUAUAAAUGUUAAAUAUCCAUCGAAUCGGC